AUGGUGGAUGUGGUACUGUGCCAGCGUCUGCCUGGUGCCGAUGGCGAGGAGUCGCCGAAGCACUUUGUCGGGAGAACGCGACGAAGAAGAGUCACGGGUGGAGUGAGUGAAGAAACGGAUCCGAUCGGUUCGGAGGCAGUGGUGGAGUGUGCGGAAUCCAUGGAGGAUGCGGAAGACGAGACGCUGCAGCAGCGCGAGAAGGAGCCCAAGAAGGAGGAUGGCACGGAAUCUCAGCUUUAUCGCUGCGACUACGAGCAGGUCGCCGGAGUCGAGAAGCAGGUGACAAUCCGGAUCGAUUCCGGUGACGGUGACAUGAUGCAGGUGGAAGUGGCGGAUGGAACGGUUGCGGAAAGCGACCCCGAAGGUGAACCGGUUCCGCUGGACGCCGUUCGCGAGCAGCUGCGUAACUUAUCGCCCUCGACAGAUGUUGACGAGCUGUCGGUAAUUGAGCCGAUGGAGACCGUAAUCAGCGUCCCUAACGGGCUCCCCGCCGCGGUGGAGAACUGUUGCGAGACGCCCGGGAAAGCACCGGAAACGACGCCAAGAACUGCGGCCGAGAUCGCGGGUGAUGAAGAGAAGCAACAUACAAGCCUUAUGGACACCAGCAGACAUAGCUGGCAUGUCGACAAAGAGACACAAAUCAACCCCACGACGGACGAUCUGGAGCUGUCGGCUAUUUUUACAUCGAACUCGAAAAGACAACGGUGUCGUGCAAAGAUGUUGCUCAAGAAUCGACAAUCCUACAGCAUCACCCGGCUGCGGCCGGCCAGUACGGUGACGUACCAAAGUAACGCCCUCCAGCGGCAGAAGCUCCGGCUCGGUUACAGUGUGUUGCGUGCGUACGGCGCAUAUCUCGGAUAUGGAGACACCGGCCACAUACGGCUGCCGGUGGGCGAUGGAAGUGAACAUUCCGUGCGACCCCAGGAGCAGUACACGUCACGUCGCUACCCGGACGACGAUGAGGAUUUCCCGAUGGCGGAAACUAAGGGCGACCACUGGGAUGAGGAGGGACAUUACCUAACGCCCCUACAGCUGAGAGCCGUAUCUAGUCCGUCACUGUCGGAGGCUCCUAUCGAGACGGCCGGAACUGGUGGCAGGAGUAACGAUGGUCACGGUCAGCAGUUGAACGGCGGAGCCAACGCCGGCGUCGUCAACGUGGCCACCGUCAAUUCCACCGUACGCCAGAACCACCCGGCACAACAAAAAACCGGUGGCCAUACCAAAGCAUCUCACCAUCCCGUGCAAGCGUCCGAAAGUGUGCUGCAAAAAUUCCGCAAGACGUUCUCGCACUUCAAGACAUCCAAAACUAACGCCCAGCAGCAGCAGCAGCAGUCGGCAGGAGUAGUGAACCAACACCUUACGGUAUCCACGGAACUGUCAAACGGAAGCACGACGAUGAGCGUGGAGGACAAACUGCACCAACAGCAACACUCGGGUCAUCAGCAGCAGCAGCAGCCGCAGCAGCAAACAACACACCAUCAUCGUUUUGGGCCGCUGAUCUGGCGCUCGAGCAAGGAACGCCGAAAGACCAAGUCCCACCGGAGGGACAAAUGCAACAGCGGUGACUCCGGCAUCCAGGUCGAGCUUGACAACGACGCGGACCAGCAUCUGCUCCUGCAGCAGCUACACCCGCUCGAGAACCAUCCCGAGGGAGUUUCCCCCGGCCGCAAUGGGGACGCAUCCCACAAUCAGCAGUACUCACCCUCCGGAGUGCCGGUGCGGAGAGCCAACUCGGCCAAAGUGUCCACCAGCAGCUCGGCCAGCAUUAGCUCGUCCAUUCUCAGGCACAAACUAUCACUCAAGAGCAAGGACAAGGAGAACGUGGGAAACAUAUCGCGGCUGAGUGGGAAAUCGCUGAGCCAACCUUCGGGGCUGGACUGUAUCGUGGGCACGACGCCGUCGGGUGACCGUGACGUCGAUGGUCGACGACGGAGGAGAAGGCAGCAUACGCGCACCUCGACCACCGUACCGACCGAGCUGGAUCUCAGUGAUAGCGAGAGCAUCUCAUCGCACCCGGAUGACGAAGAGGAGGAACAUCUGGUGAUGACCUGUGCCAGAGGGGAUGGAGCGGACGACCGGUUACUCGUCGAGCCGCUGUUUGCCGAGGUGCUGUUCUCAUUUCAACCGGGCGGCCCGCAAGAGCUCGGGCUCGAGAAGGGUGCCCUGGUGGAGGUGCUGAAGCGGGAAGCGGGUCCCUGGUGGUGGGGACGGGUGAAGUGCGACGCGAUCGUAGCGACGGGCAAAGGUGGUGGUGGUGACCACAGCAGCAAGUCAGCCGAGUGCGGUUGGUUUCCCAAAGACUUCGUGAAGAUCCUUCCGACCUACGCCAAACAGAAGCAGAUCAUCAUCAUUAACGACGAAAGCAGUAAGCAUCCGCCGCAACACCAGCAUGGUGGAGAGACGACCGCCGUGAACGAGGAUGAUGAUGGUGGAAGUAGUGCUUCCACGUUGAUCGAAGGUGGCUGUGAUAGUCGACUGGUGGGGACGUGUGAUGCGUCCGUGGUAGGAGGCCAGCAGGAGGGAGGCGCCGCUAGUCAAGACCUAACGAAGGAGAAUAUCAUCAAGGAGCUUCUCGAAACAGAAAUCAACUACGUGAAACUGCUCAAUUCGCUGUGUAUGGGUUUCAUCAAACCAUUGCGCGAGCGGGAAGACGUCUUUUCGGUGGAAAGUGUAAACCUAAUAUUUUCCAACUUGGAGAAGAUCUGGCGAUUCCAGCAAACGUUUCUCGACGCCCUGCGGCUCGCCGUGCCAAGCAAUCGAAUUGGUGAAGUGUUCCUGGAAUAUCAAUCCGCGUUUAUGGUGUACUCUUCCUACUGCAACUCCUACCCCAGAGCCCUGAUGGAGUUGGAAAACUAUGCCAACAAUAAGGAAGCUAAUCAAAUAUUGGAAAAUUGUCGCGUGGCGGAGAACCUACCGGAGUUGCCACUGUCGGCGCACCUGUUGGCACCGAUCCAGCGGAUAUGUCGCUACCCGCUGCACCUGAGCGAACUAGUCAAACACUCGCUGACCCGAAAGGAGCUGCUGCCGACGCUGAACCUGCGCAAGUGCACCAAAUCCGAGCUGGAAACGAUGGACUGCCGGGAGGUGUUCGAGAUGGCCCUCUCGGCGAUGCGCCGCGUGACGGAGAUGGUGAACGAAGGUAAACGGCACAGCGAGUAUUUGUCGCGCGUCCAGGCACGGUUCGAAAACUUCCAGGGUCCCUCGAUCAACGUGCACAGCACGCGCCUGUUCCUGCAGACCGACGCUAUCCGCAUGUCGCCCAACCUCUGGAACAACACGUACACGUUGUUCCUGUUCGACCGCCAGCUGAUCUACUGCAAAAAGGAUCUGCUCAAGCGCACCAACUACAUCUACAAGGGGCGCAUCUUCCUGGACAACUGCCGCAUCCUGAAUCUGCCGGAUGGCAAGAUGUUCGGCGUCACGCUUAAGAACGCCCUCCGGCUGUACUGCGACACGCGCAACAAGUGGUUCGACUUUUGCUUCCGCAGCAGCAGCAGCAAGCUGCGGUUUCUCAACACGCUCUCGUCCGAGCGGCAGUUCUGUGGCGAAAGUUUGUUCGUGUCCGAGCUGGACGGUGGCAGCGGGGCGGCCUCCUGCUUUGACGACGAUAAUCUGUCCGAUCGCGAGUACUUCCCGUACGUGGACGACAGCAAAGAGCUGGAGGGUGGUGGGGACCAAGGCCUGUACGACCAGGUGGAUUCGGCGAGCAGCGUUUACCGUGCGUCUGUCGCCAGCAGCAACUCAUCGUCCGUUGGUUCGGUCUACGCAAAAGAAUCUCUCUGCAAAUCCACCCCUCCGAUGAUGCCACCGAUGGUUGUGCCGAUGGGUGGCGCCGGUGGGAACACUCUUCCGAAAAAGUCUCGAAAGAUGCCCAAGGAGCAGCAGCAGCAGCAACAUCAGCAGGUGCUUGCUGCGACGACAGACUACGGUUCAAAUUCACUCGGGCGCCGUAAGCUUGGCAAUUGGUUCCGCAAGGCAAAGAGCACCAACAGUACGCCCUCCCAGAGUCCCACCCACCAUCCGAUGGCCAUGUCGCUCGCAGCCAUCGGCAGCAGUAAUAACAAUCACUCCGACAGCUCGUCCCAGAGCAGCCUGGUUGGGUCGCAGCAGCGGACGCUGUCCACGCUCGGAAGCAACAGUGCCCUACCCUCGGGGACAGGCAUCAUCGCCGGUGUCGGCAAAGGUAAACCGUUAAACUCUGACCAAAAUCAUCCGGCUUCCGUGGUGGAAGCUCCACAAUCUCAGUCUCUCCCAACCACCGCAACUUCGGUGGCCACCACUUCCUGAGGGUACGAGAGUACCCUGCUCUAGACAGCUUUCUGCUAGUCGCCUGCCAAGAACCACAAUCAUCCUGAUCAUCACCCCACCACCUUCAUCAUUAUCCUGCACAUCAUCGAGCAUAAUGGCGCAGUAGUGGAGUUGUGUCCAUCCUCUCAUGGACUCAUCCUUCAGCCACCAUCAACAUUUGCAGCUACGACGAGGCCGUCACCACAUAGUCUUUUCCACUUGCCAUUAACCCGUGCCGUGCAAGUGCCGCACGUGCACGUUCCACCAAUCGAACAAACUCGUAAUCUCGUACCAUCAUUCGACCUGACGUGUGGGGCGCGUUCGCCUCUGUUAAUAUUACACUAUUGUUAUUAUAAGUUCUUACCUUGUACUAUCACCUAUCGCCUAGGAUGUUGUAAUAUCUCUCGUUUCGUCUCUCUCUAUCUAUAGUGCGCAUCUUUACUAGCAGUAGUAUUAAGCUUUCCUUGUUGUUUGUUAUAAGUUUGCUAGUACGUCCCAUUGCUUGGGACGUUGUCUUUCUUCC